CCGGGAUCCCAUUUCCACGGGGAACGAGGGAAGCAAAUCGGGUGUCUCGACGAGGAGGCAAGUCAGUUCCGAUGAUGAUGCACCGUCACGGAGGAAUGCACCCCCACCCUUCGAAAUCGGCAAAGGGCUUUACUCGGUGGAAUUCCCACUACUCCAACCGAAGUAUCAGCGCACUCGACAUACAGGGGAAGAAGAAAUGACGGAAAGGAAGAAGGAAAGAAGGAAAGGAACAUAUAAAAAAUAUAUAUUUUUUCUGUGUGCGGUAGGCUCUCGAGGCUGGGUGGUGAUCGUUGCUUGAAUCCUCCUACCUCGCAGGUGUGUGUAUGCGAGCUACACAUUGAACUUGGGCGUAGGACUGUUUUUUCAUUUCCCGGCUGGCUGGCUGGUUGGCUGAGUGGGCUUUGAUAUGCUACGGAACAGGUGAAUUUGUGUUGGUUGUGAGGUUGACUGACGUCGUUAUCCGUGUGGGUCGAGAGAGAUCGAGAAAGUGUGUUUAAAGUACGAUUUCGAGCCAGUUCGUGUACCUUUGGAUACGGUUUUUGGUUUUGCUGUGUUUCUUCCGUGUGGUGUGGAGAGUUCCCUUUUCUUGAAAGCGUAUGGCGAUGCAUGGUCCGCUGCGCAGGGAGGCCGUGGGGUAAUUGCAGAGCCGCUAGUGUGCCUGCCAGGUUUGGGUUUCGUGAUUCGCGAGGCGAGUUCGCUUCCGGGAAUCAGGAGCAGGGCUUUUAUUUCAUUUUGCUUUAUUUUUAUUAUUUUCAUUUUUUUCUCGCGCGAAGGGAUACUAGUUGGUCGUGUCGGGAGUUCAGUGUGUGGGAGGGGAAGCAGCGGAGCAAUGAAUCCGUGGGGUUUUGUGCUGUCGCUGCACUUGGAUUCGAAGUCGCAAGUGAUAGGAUGAGUGGCUGCCUGACUAGAGUGACCCUGUUGCACGGAGGGAAGCCUUCCGUCUUUGUUGUUUCUGCUAGACAAUUGCUAGGAUUAUCGCCAAUUUAUGGUCACUCCUCGUCAUUGAUCGCUUUUCACCAUAUUGUAUACCGAGAUAGGGAGGAGUGUUUGUAAAAUGGGUUGUAGACUCGGUAAUUGUGGCCGAAUCAGUGCUACCAGCCCUGUGGAAAGAGAUUUGUUCUGCGGGUUGGAGUCGAUUUGAGGCUCCUAGUUUUGGAGCAUGUUCAUGCACACAUAUUGAAUAGUUUUCGUUGCAAGUGUGAGAACAUUUCGGGGUUUAGAAUGGCAGGUAUGUGGAUCACUCGGCUUGGAAUCAAGGGCCAUGAAGUCAACAAUCAGGCUAAGGGCGAAGUGCUCCCUGGCCAGACCAUCUUAAGAAGAGAGAUAUGGUCGUCGCUUCCAGACGAUGUCCUGGACCGCGUGAUAGCCCGGCUCCCCCUCCAGUAUCUCAUCCGCAUGCAGUCUGUGUGCAAAAAAUGGAAAAUCAAGCUCCGAACGUCGAGUUUCAUUCGUCUCUGCGAAGCCGAGUCCGAGACCGCCCCUGCGGAGUGGUUCCUCACCUUUGGCCAACAGAAGGUGGGCACUGUCUGCUUCGCCUAUGACGUGCAGCUAUCGAAAUGGUACAGUCUCCCUCUAGGGUUUCUCCCCUUUGACCUAAAUACGAAAGCUCCUCUCGCUGCUGCCGAUGGCUUGAUCUGCCUUGGUGCAGGGUGGAAUGCAACCGCCAGAGGAGUCAUGCCGACCAAGCUCAUCAUCUGUAAUCCUUUAUCAAGGUUCUGGCGGGAUGUACCCUCCCCCCCCCAGCUCGAUCCAGCCACGAGCUUGGUGAGUGUGGCGGGGCUUGUGGUGGACAGGUUUGCGGGUACCUACAAGCUUAUUGUAAUUGGAGAAGUGAGGAGAGAGGACAGCAGCAGUAGCCGAGAGUAUAAAGUUUUGGUUGCGUAUAUAUUCGACUCCGUUUCGCAAGAUUGGAAGUCUUACGAAGCGGAGCUGGAUCCUUUGGAUUCUUUCACUUCGUUCCUUGCAAGUCACUUUCGGACACUUGUCGGGCAUUCGAUACGAGCGGUCCUGUGUUCAGCGGUUUGCGAGGGCGUGCUCUACUGCUUAACUGCGCGGCCAUAUCAGCUCCAUGCAUUCAACGUGGUGAAUGAAGAAUGGAACAGGUUAAAGAUCUCCUUACCAGCGGAGAUUAGUGGCCCGAGCCUCGUAGCUCGCCCUGGCCAUCUCUUCCUCGUGGGUGCAUACCGUCACAACCAGCACGAUAAGAGUAACAAUAUUGGCAUCUGGGAGCUUGACGAAGAUACACGGCGAUGGAACGUCGUGGACAUUCUCUUGGAAGCCAUGUGCAGCGGCAGACGAAGCCCUCCAAAGAGUCCCCCACGGUCCUUUAGGCGGGAUGACAACGACGACGUAAUUCUUUUCGUGAAAUGGGCCACGAGGUUUCUGGCUUACAACGUGAGCAAGAAGUCUUGGGUAUGGUUGCCGCCCUGCGUCCCGACUGCACCAGGGGCAGCGCCGGUCUCACAGCCUUAUCACAACGGUUAUGUUUUCACCCCAAGCCUCCUACUCCCGUAAUUCGAAGAGUUGGAUCCGUUAAAGUGAUCUGUAAGUGACAAUUGAAGCUCCGAUCGGUGGCACUUUUUAUUUAAUUGUCCACCUCGAAGGUUAGAGCUGCAAUGCGCAUGUUUAACUGUGCACCAGGAACAAGGAAAUUCCCUGGAAAACAACAGCACACCGUUUGGAACGGAGGCCCUUUGCUUCCAAUUCGGGAUGUUCUCGACGUCUUCAAUAGGUGGAGCGAGUGAAGGCAAAGGAUUAGAUGUUUACUCAAGCAUAUUAUUAGUGCUAACGAUUUUCUUUUGCAAUUGGCAACUUGUGUGGGCAUUCUUCAAUGCAGUUCGGGGCGCCGUCUUGAUUGAUUUGAUCCUGUAAGACGAGACGUCAAGUUAAUCUCCUUCGAUUUUACCAAGUCAGCGAUGAGACUCGACACUCACCCAAGGAUUGACAAGCUUUCAAGAAGGCAUAUUUCUGGCUGUAAGCCGCUGACCGUGAUCAAUCAAAAGUAGCAUUUGGUUGAUUCAAGCUCGUAGGUGAAGGUAUAGAUGAUUGAUAAGUUCAUGGAGCGAUAAUCCUUUAAAUUAUUCAUUUGGAUACCGUCGAUACUUUUUAUCACGGAAGGGCAGGGAUCCUGUGUUUAGGGUGUGAAUUAAACUGAGUCUUUCACUUGGAAGAGUCGGUGAAAGCAUUUGACUGUAUACCAAAAAGUGUUACAACUCUCCAGGAUAUUGUGAACACCCUCAAAAUUGUAGAAUUGGUGUCCAUGCUACAUGGCUUCCGUCACAUUGUUGUAGCAGACGACGUUGUGUCCCGAGCUAGUUUUAGAUCUCCAUUCUCAAGGGGGUAUCUGUAACUACUCCGCGGAAGGCAUGUUAAAGUGGCAAAAGCUUGUUGGCUACCUUCAGGAGACCUCAUAGUCGGUGAAAAACUGUAAUGUUAAAUGAAGCAAAAUGUACAAUUUUGCAUUCAAAUAUCUGAUGAAAUUGACCAUGAUUUUGUAA